CGGACACCAUCGGCUUCCUGUUUUCCCUCGCCUAUCGCGAGCUCUGCGGGCUCUGCUCGCCGGAAGCGAGCCUGGAGCGGAGCAGCGGUCGGCCGCUGCGCGUCAGGAUAGAUUGUAAGAAAAACCGAAGUCAUGUUUCGAAGACCUGUGUUACAGGUGUUUCAUCAGUUUGUAAGACAUGAGUCUGAAGUGGCCAGCAGUUUGGUUCUUGAAAGAUCUAUGAAUCGUGUUCAGUUACUUGGGCGAGUAGGUCAGGACCCUGUCAUGAGACAGGUGGAAGGAAAAAACCCAGUCACAAUAUUUUCUCUGGCAACAAAUGAGAUGUGGCGAUCAGGAGACAGUGAAGUAUACCAAAUGGGGGACGUGAGUCAAAAGACAACAUGGCACAGAAUAUCAGUGUUUCGACCAGGCCUCAGAGAUGUGGCAUACCAGUAUGUGAAAAAGGGGGCUCGCAUAUUUGUGGAAGGGAAAGUGGACUAUGGUGAAUACAUGGAUAAAAAUAAUGUGAGGCGGCAAGCGACAACAAUCAUAGCUGAUAACAUUAUAUUUCUGAGUGACCAGAUAAAAGAAAAGUCAUAGAACGAACGGAUGAUUCUUCUUUGAUCAUUGUUUGGUACAGCCUCCUUCCCAAAUCAUGUAUAGUCUAUAGUUUAAAGAUAAAGAUUAAAAAGUUUUAUAUAAAACGAGUGUGA